AUGGUGAUCACGGAGAGCGUCUCACACACAGAAGGUGAGGCGUCCAAUGGUGAUGUUCUUUGGAUGCUUUCACACGUGCGUCCCGAAAUCAUGUUGGCGUUGAUUGUACUCACUGUGGUCGCCAUUCUUCUCAGUAUUGCGCUUUCCAUCCGAUGCGCUAUGACAAAAUGCUAUUUUGACUCCCUCCAACAGGAAAACCCCGAUCACUGCUUGGGUCGAUGUCUGUGCUUUGAACCCACUUCGGGUAAUUCAUCCAUCUCUAAGUGUCGCCACCACAACCAGACGCCUCAAGGCCAUGUUCCCUAUGGCCUAAUAUUGCCACCACCUCCACCACCACCUCCGCCACCACCACCUCCUCCGACGUUCUUCACUCCUUAUCAGGUGGAUCAGCAGUCAGAGAGCGGUGGAUUACCAGCCUACACAAGAAACAUCUCGCUAAGUGAGACAACAACCACUAAGCUGUUAGCACAACAGCCACCUGGAACACUGUCAACUGCGUCGUCUUCGGAUACUGGGACGUCGAAUCCGUUUCCCGUCUCCUUUUCAGUGGUUACACCAGAUGUGCGUCCUGUCAAGGAUAUUUACGAUCGGUCCCCUUCUCCCACCCUAGGCACCCUACCAGUCUAUUACCCGGGCAAACGAGACAGCAUCGAGAUUGGUUCCGUGGCGAGCGAUCCCUAUAACCAGACAAAAGUUUACCUCAUCAAAAUGGUAGACCCCGGCGGAGACCAACACCAUCAACAGCAACCACAGAAGACACGGAUUGGUAAUAGCAUAAAUAGCACCGUCUAUGAUGAGGAAGUUUUAAACAGUGGAGGCAGAGGAAACUUCCUCGCAGUCAAUCCAACUCUGGUUCGACUUUCCAGUUCAACAGAAGCCGCUGGACUAAUUCUCUGCCACCGACUAGCGGAUGACGGCUCGAACUUAUCGAAGACUCAAUCAGAGGCAGACUUUGCAGCAGCUAGACGACUGCCAUCACCGCCAUAG